AUGUCGACAAACACGAAUCCCGACCCCGCGGCCACAGCUCCGGCCUUCAUCCCCCUCGAGGCCAACCCGCAGCUCCUGACAGCCCUCAUCCACAAGCUCGGCGUGUCUCCCGCGCUGCAGAUGCACGACGUCUAUUCCCUCACGGAGCCCGAGCUACUAUCCUUUAUCCCGCGCCCAGCACUGGCGCUCCUGCUAGUGUUUCCCAUAUCGGCGGUCUAUGAGAGCCACCGGAUGGCGGAGGACAGCCUGGCGAGCGAGUACAACGGCAUUGGAGAUAAAGAGCCGGUGCUGUGGUGGAGGCAGACGAUUCGGAACGCGUGCGGGAUGAUGGGGCUGUUGCAUGCAGUUGCGAAUGGGCCGGCGAGGGAGUUUAUCACCGAGGGAUCUACGCUCGACGAUCUCAUCAAGAAAAGCACCCCCCUGCACCCCGUCGAACGAUCGAAACUGCUCGAACAGACGCCGGCGCUGGCCGAUGCGCACAAGGCGGCUGCCACCGAGGGAGACACCCCUGCGCCCGACGCCCAGGACGACGUCGAUUUGCACUACGUAUGCUUUGUCAAAGCUAACGACGGCGGUUUAUGGGAGCUAGAUGGCAGGAGGAAGGGACCUAUUCGGAGAGGGGAUUUGGAGAAGAAUGAGGACGUGCUGAGUGAAAAUGCGUUGAACUUGGGGGUGUUGAAGUUUUUGGAGAGGGAGGGUGGUGAUUUGCGGUUUAGUGCCGUGGCUUUGGCUGGGACGCUGGAUUAA